CAUUCUUAUCAUAAACGUCAAAACAUUGUGAAACAAAAACUUAUAAUUCGCUUUAAUUUUUGCAUUCUGCAUUAAACUAUUCAGAUAAUCACAGAGAGCUGUACUGUGCGGUAAAGAUGUGCAACGACAUGGACUUGUUUUUCAAGCCGAUAGUGUUGGUGACGGGGUUCGGUCCGUUUCUGGGGCACCCCGUGAACGCGAGCUGGGAGGCGGUGAAACUAAUGAACAAGGAGGUUUUGGAGAAGGAGCUUAACAUAGAGCUGGUGACGCUGGAGCUGCCCGUCACCUACAGCAACGUCGACGAGUUCGUACCAGCGCUGUGGGACACGCAUGAACCUAAGCUGAUGAUCCAUGUUGGCGUGUCGGGUCUAGCAGAAUGCCUGACGCUGGAAACGCAAGCGCACCGUAAAGGCUACCAACGACAGGACUACCUAGAACAGUGUCCUGCUGACCACUGCUGUUCUGCCCCUGGUGGAGGUGCUAUAAGGCUACAUACGAAGUUGGAUGUCUCCAGGAUAUGCGCUGAAUUGAAUCAGGAUGAUGAGCUGACUGCUAUUGAGUCUAAAGACGCUGGCAGAUACCUCUGCGAGUACAUUUACUACACAUCCCUGGCCGCCGACAACACUCGCACGCUCUUCGUCCACGUUCCCGACAUGAAUGUGUGGGACACGGCCCGGGUCACCAAGGGCCUUGAGCGUAUCGUGUCUCUCUGUCUGACGCAGCUGCGAGAGCGAGAUGGCGUCGACGAUGCUGUUGGGAAGAUGUGGGAGGUUCGCUUACAGGACACUAACGAGGUUUAACUGUGAGGACCUGAUUUUCUUUAAAUAUAAUAGGCGCUUUAACUGAGACAAUUUAUACGCCAGUAACGGUUUUAUUUAGACUGCCGGGCCCGUAGCCAAGAGUAUUAUUAAUCACGCUUUUUAGCGUAUCGUUCUUGUAUGGCAAAAAGGAGCAGAAAUUAAAAAAUGGCGAUUUUACUAAACAUAUAUUUGGUAGACUUUAUUAGAAAGCUUCAGGCUGCGUCCUCUCAUGUAAGUAUUAUCAAUUUAACUAAAUAUAAACUAAGGUAAUAAAACGCAGUCGCAGCUAAUAUUUAUGUGUCAUUACUAUUUAUAUGUAUAUUUUAGUACCUUUUUGUCAUUUCUAGACAUGUAUACUGUCCAGUAUUGUAGGGAAAGAGAAAGAUAGUCUAUGUUAAUUGUACUGGUUAAAUGUUUUAACUGUGAAUCACAAAUCUGUCAUUUUCUCAGUAAAAUAGUAUCAAAUAUUUUUUUGUUUGAUCAGUUUGAUUAAAGAAAUGUUGUUAUUAUUUCCAAUUAUUUUAUUUGAAUGUGAAAUUCGACUAGAUUCGUUUAAUUUUUGGCGUACUGGCAUUAUAAAUCAUCUUUCGUAAAAUGAAUGUAAUCUACUAUUAAGUUUAUUGUAAAUAAAACAUAGUUUAUAAUAAAAAUAAUAGUUUUAUUCACUUUUACGAUCAUUUCUAUACAAAACGCAAAACCGGGCAGUUAUAAAUGUUAUGUACCAUGAGCUUAAUACGAGUUUUAUUACAUUGCGGUAUUUGAUGGCUGUUCAAAAUUGUAUGUCACCUCAACAGCCCGCAAUGUAACUAAAAUCGCAUGCGAGUUCGCACGCCGUCUAAAUCAGGCCUUAAUC